AUGUCUGCAGUUAUUGGUAUUUCGUUCGGGAACACCUCGUCAAGUAUUGCUUUUGCUAAUGGUGAAGGUAAGGUUGAAGUCAUUGCCAAUCCAGAUGGUGACAGAUCCAUUCCAUCGACCUUAGCCUAUGUUGGAGAAGAUGAGUACCAUGGUCAACAGGCUAACGCUCAAUUAAUUAGAAACAGCAAAAACACCAUCAUCAACUUCAGAGACUUUAUUGGAAAGACUUUCGAUGAAGUCAACACUGAAGUUACCAAGACCGGUGCUCCAGCUAUCAAGACUGCUGAUGGAAGCAUUGGAUUUAACAUCACCAGACAAGAUGGUAAGGUCGAAGUUAUCACAGUUGCAGAAGCCACCAAGAGACAUUUAAAACAGUUGCAAAAUGCUGCUGAAGACUUCUUAGGUAAAAAGGUUGAAGGAGCUGUGAUCACUGUUCCAACUGAUUUUACUGAAGCUCAAAGAGAAGAGUUAAUCAAGUUGAGUAACGAAACUGGUUUGAAAGUUCACCAAUUAAUCAACGAACCAAGUAGUGCAUUAUUAUCUCAUUUGACUCAAAAAGAUGAACUGUACUCUCAGAACAAGAUUUACUUGGUGGCCGACUUUGGUGGAAUCAGAUCCGAUGCUGCCAUUAUUGCCGUCAGAGGUGGGAUCCUCACUGUGUUGAGCACUUUACACGAUAAAGAAUUAGGAGGUGACAGAUUGGAUGAAGCUUUAAUGGAAUUUUUCGCCAAGGACUUUGAAAAGAAGUACAAGGUGAACCCAAGAACUGAUGCCAGAUCUUUGGCAAAGUUGAGAAGCGAGAGUAUUGUGGUAAAGAAGACUCUUUCCAACGUCCAAUCCUCCACUUGUUCCAUCGAGUCCGUGGCUGAAGGUAUUGACUAUCAUACUACCAUCAACAGAUUGAGAUACGAAUUGACCAUUAGAGGUACGAUUUCGAAGAUGACAGGAUUUGUUGAAAAGUUGGUGGAAAGAGCUGAGUUGAUCCCUUCUGAAAUCAACGAAAUCUUGUUGGUGGGAGGAAGCUCCAACACUCCUAAAUUGUCAAGUGAAUUGAGAAGUCUUUUCCCCGAAUCCACAGCCAUCAUUUCUCCUGUUUUUGACACCAAGGCUAUUUUACCAAAUGAGUUGAUUUGUAGGGGAGCUGCUUUACAAGCGGCUUUGAUCGAAUCGUUCGAUGAUGACGAAAUCAAAGAAAGCUUACAGCCAAUUGUCGUGAACACCCAACACUUGGUGCACUCCAUUGGUAUCAAGGAUGCUGAUGGUAAGUUUGUGCCUAUCGUUGUCAGUGAGACCGCUUAUCCUAUCAAGAGAUCUCUUGAAGUCACCAAUGGCGAAAGUAGCAGUGUGUUGGUGGAAUUAUACGAGGGUAAAAAGCUGAUCAAGGAAACUGUGAUCGAACCAACCAAAGUUGAGUACAGUGACGAUGAAGAAGACUCGAGCGAAGAAGACGAAGAGCCUGAGAUCAUAAAAGAAGUGGUUGAAGAGUGUGGUGAAUUGUUGGGAUCAUUGUCAUUGAAAGACUUGAAGCCUGCCAGCAAGUUGGAAAUCAUCAUCAACAUCACGCAAGAUGGAAAGUUACACAUAUCUUCUAGAGAGUUAAAGGUGGGGUCUGUGGCCACCAAAGUUGAGUUAGAGUUCAAGUAG